CAAAAGUGUACUCCAAACAAUCCCACCACCUGCAUCACCACAAAAAAAGGCAAAAAAAAUUCAAAAAAAAAAAUAAAAUUUAAAAACAAGAUAAAAUGAAUGGUAAAAAGAGGGUGAUGUACCCCUUUCCCUUCCCCUGGCAUAUCCGUUACACGAAUUCAUCGUCGUCCUCAAUCUCAAACUGUCAGUGCAUUCCGAAUCGGGAGGAGUUCUCAAGAUGUUGAGGCUGAAGAGACUAACCUCAGCUUCUGCAUUUCUCAGUUCAAGAAGCUUGUUAGCACGCCAAGACAAUCUGUUCCGCCCCCUCAUCUCUCAACACAACCCGUAUCAAUGGUCUUCCCUUCGCUUCCUAGACAUUUACCAGCUUGGUAACAAGGCUGCGAUUGAGAAAGAACGCGCGAGGCUUUCAGAUGAACUGAGCAGGGGAUAUUUUGCUGACAUGUCUGAAAUGAAGGAACAUGGGGGUAAGAUUGCAAUGGCCAAUAAGAUCAUAAUACCUGCAAUAGCAGCUGUAAAAUUUCCUCCAUUAGAGGUGAAUUACUCUAACAGCUCCAUUCUCAAGCUGCCUAUUGCUUGCUAUGGGAAAGAUAGUGCCGAUGCAAAUGUGCCGAGGGCAUCAUUGUUAUGUCUUUCUUUUCGUGCAAGCUCCGAGCCAAUGAUUCAUUCUUGGAGCGUGCCAUUUGUUGAUGCAUUCAAAGAUUCAAAUAAGGUCCACUUGUAUGAGAUAUCCUUUGUAGAUUCAUGGCUGUUAUCACGCAAUCCAAUGAAAAAGCUGCUUCUUCGUGUGAUGAAGAAACCUAAACCUGAUCUUCGGAAGGAUGAUGUAUUGCAAAGACAGAUUGUAUACUCAUUUGGUGACCAUUAUGAGUUCAGAAAAGAACUUAAAAUACUGAACCUCCUGACAGGGUACAUAUAUUUAGUGGACAAAUAUGGUAGAAUACGAUGGCAGGGUUUCGGUUCAGCAACACCAGAAGAGACGGCAUCACUCUUGUCAUGUACCUCAUUGCUAUUGCAAGAGGAAUGACAGGCUAUAAUGACAGGCUUGACAAUAUGGAAAGGAAGUUAGCAAGUUUCUUGGAAACUGAUCUCUAGUCUUUGGAUGUUUGGCAAGGAUUCCUUGAAAAUUGCUGGCAUAGAUGUUGUGUAAUAAUGAAAUUUUUAUUGCCUU